GUUUGAAACUAGUCCGCACAACGUGUUCGGCGCGAAUAAUGACUAAAAAAGAAACAAAAAUAGAUAUAAAAAAUCAUUUUGUUUUUUUUGUUAAUUUAGAAUUUAUGUAAAAAAGUAGUUGUUUUUUCGUCUUCGCUAGAAAAAGAAUACAAGAAACAAAACAACUAAUAACAAGAAUAAUUUGCUGCCAUAUAACAAACAACAAGAAGCAAGAAAUUGAAAAAAAAAGAAAUAAAACGAACGGUAAUAGUGUGUGUGAAUAUACAACUAUUGCUGGUUAUUAAAAGCAAAUAAUAAAAAAAAAAACAAAUAAAAUAAUGAAAAAUUUAAAUGAUUUUUGUGUAACAUGAUAAUGUGUAAAAUUUUAUAAUAAAUCGAAAAAAGAGAAAGAAGGAAAUUAAAAAAAAACACAAAUACAUAUUGCCUUCGAGAUUAGUGCAAAGUGAAAAACCAAAUAGAAUUCCUUAUUCUCCUCCACACCAAUGGAAUUAUAACAGAGGAAUAAAUUGUAAAACAUACAAAUUUCUGUGAAACUAUUUUUACUGCCGGAUUUAACUCGACACUUUGGUUUUUUAAAACAAGAAGAACAAGAAGAGGUCUCAGCUCCCCAUUAAUAGAAACAAAAACAGACAAACAAGACAAUAUUUUUUGCGAGCUCUCUGAAUGAGCAAAAAAAGAAACGACAAGAGAGAGUUCAAACCAAGAGAUAUUGUAUCUCAUCCUACUACCUUUUGUGAAUAUUUUCGGUUUUCCCCCCACCGCUUGUGAGCAACACCCAUCAGUGAGAGUGUGGUGUUUUUUUUUGCUAUUGUAUUUUAUACUCAGUGUGGUCUUUGGGCAUCUCUGGCAAUCUGUUUUGUUGGCUUUUUAUUUGUUUCUUAUCGCCAUUUAAGCUACGUGCCGUACCGUAACGUAUUGGACGCCACCACCGCCACCAUCUGUCUCCGUGCCCGGCUCCCUGACUCGUUACUAACGUCAGCAGGCCAUUGUCGUCUCCAUCAUUGGCGGCGUAUGUUGGUCGGCUCCUUCGUUGUGUCAUAUGAAACGUUCAAUUAUCAUAGAAUUGAAAACAAUAACAACAAGAAGAAGAAGAAGAAGCAGGAAGACGGGGAACUGAAAACAACUUGCCAAUAUUCUUUUCUUUUCUUCAUUUAUUUAAAUUUUGUUGAUUUUUCGGUUUUUGCUGCUGCUACCAGAGCACAAAUUGCAAAUAAAACCAAUAAAGAAGAAGAAUAACAGCAAAGAACAGUGGCCACACAAAUAGCCAAAAAAGAAGAACUGAAAAAACUACAAAAAAAUUCAAGAAAUCACAGUGAGCAACAAAAAACAUAUCGUAAACAAAACCAAUCAAACAAACAUUAGCAAUUCCUGGCACAUAUCACAUUAACAACAACAGCAACAACAAUAAUAACAGUUUUUGUUUGCAUUCUAGACCUGUAAGAGAACAGACAAACGGCCUUAUAAAAAAAAACAUCAUAACAAACCAUAAUCAACAGCAAAAAAGGAAAGGAAACCGGUGAAAAUCACAAAGUACUGACACCCCUUUUGAAUACCUACAAAAGAAAAACAACACACACACACAGGCAAACAAGCAAGUGCUAACAUAUGGGCUCUCCCCCCAAUUGGAUUCUUAUUUGCUCACAUAUCAACUCUCCAUAAGCCAGCACGAGGAGAGCAAUUUGGCUUGCCCACAUAAAUGCUGCCAAUCAUUCAAACCACAUUAACAGAGAGACUAGUGGCCCCAUAUUUCUGAGAGCACAACACACGGAGAUAAGGAGAGCACCACAAAUUACUGUGAGAGCAAGAGCUCUAAUACAUUUGUGGGAGAUUAAUACGCUAAUUGUGUGAGUGAGUGGGGAUUGCUGGCAGUGUGUUUUAAUUCAUUUUAUUUAAUUCGAGUAGAACCAUAGAACACACGUUUUUCUUUGGUUUCUAAAAAAAAAAAAACAAAAUCAACACAAAUUCAAAACACGUAAUAUUUCAACGUAAAUACAUAUCUACAUACAUGGUGUUGAUAUUUGCUGUGUAUCAAUAUUCUAAAUAAGAAAAAAAAACCACACACACAAAAUAAAUAUCAUUUAAAAUACCCCAAGAAAACCUAAAGAGUUUGUUCGCGAAAAAAAAGAAAAUUUAAACGAAACAACUUAUUUAUUAAGAAAAUAAAAACAAAAUAUAAUGUAAAUUUUAAAUAAUUAUUAAACAUAACAACAACAUAUACAUAUCCCCCCAAACAUAUCAAUCAAUUAAAACGAAGAAAAAAAAACAAAGAACAACAUAAUCACAUUACACGUUCUUAGAACAGAAAAAAAAAUACAUAUUUAAGAAUAUUAAAUAAUUGAAAAAAAUAUAUAUAUUAAAUAAGUGAGUGAAAAUUAAAAGAAAUAUACACAUAACGGAAAAAUAACAUUUGGAAAAAGAGAGAAAAAAAAAAAAACAAAAUCCAGAAUAUUAUUUAUUGUGUAUCGAAUCGAUCGUGAUCGCGCGCGCGCUCUCUCUCUCUCUCGUUUGUUGAGAAAGUGCAAACAUUUCGUUGAAUCGUCGUAUUUUACUCCCCGCUAUAGUGCUAAUUCGUGAAAUCGAACGCGUCUCUCGUUACGGAAUUGAGGUAAAAUUGUAUCGGAAAGAGAGCAAGUCCCGAGAGAGUUCAAUUGCAAAAACUUGCUCUCAUUACGUUCGUUCGUGGAAUCGAAACAAAAAAGAAAACAAACGCGAUAGUAAAUUUUUCCGUAUUUUUUGCGGAAGCGGAAUUGCCCUCUUCACUGAGUGUUCAACCAUUGAAGUGAAAAGGUUGUUAACAGCAAGAACCAACAAACAAACCAAAAAAAAAGAAAAAUUUUGUUCGGCAAACGAAAAAGGAACGGGCUACAUACGACUCCAGACACCCGCAACCACCACCACCACCGUCGCCCGUAUCGAAAUACAAAACCAAUCCAAUUAGUUAAGGCGAAUAAUGCAAAUAGGAUAAGAUCGAUGUUACCGCUACAUUUAAUGUCUCUCCAUGAAAUUUCAAAGCGAGAAGAAAGAACUAUGGCGUUAUGCGUCAAAAAACCUAACAACACCUGUACGUGGGACGACCAGACAGCCACCACCGCCGCAUCGCCUUCCACCUCAACACCACCCUCACGCAUCGGAGCGGUCACUGUCGAGGCAGCAGACCUUCUAUUGCGAUGUCUCUGGCGAGAGCUCCAGCACCAUGUCGCUGCGGCCGCAACUGAGCACACCCCCGCCGCCCUACAGUGCCACGGCCGUGGACAUGGACUGUGUGAAUCCUCGAGACUAUUGUCAAACGUUUCGCCAGCCGCAGGCCUAUGUAACGGACGGAGAAACGGAAACAUCACUGUCGGCGACCGAGUCCGAAACCGGUUACGGCCAGAGGCCAGGUGGCUACAGCUACGUAAAUACUGGCGACAUAAUGCACGUCGACGAGUACGAAAAACUGAACGAGAUCAGUUCAGGCAGCAGCAGCAGCAACAACACCACCACCUCCUCCACCAACAGCACCAGUACCUUUCAUCUGACGAAGGAUCUAUCCAGGAUGGUGGAGCGAACAGUGACCACACCAAGGCGUGCGCAAUCGAAAACGAACAUUUCCCUCAAUCCCGUUGCCACGACCCUUGUCAAUUCGGCAACAACCCUGACCUCGGCAACAACUUCGUUUGCUGCCACCGCAGCAAAAAUACUCAGGAAUUGUUGUGGCGGAGGUUUUGGUUCCUCCAAUUCCAUUGUGACCGCAACAAGCAGUACCAACCACGAUCCCUUCAGCCUGAACCCCACCACAACGAUGACAACGACGACGGUGGCCAACAACAACAACAAUUCCACCAUGCCCUGCAACAAGGAAAGCUACGAAAACUCGAAAAACAUGGCCACGUCGGCGAAAACGUAUUUCGAUGCUCUAAUGAAAGAACUCAAGGCCCGUCAAAUAACCAGCUUGUUAAAGGCUGUGAAAUCGCGUCACGAACCCACAACAAAGUCGUCGACGGCGGCAGCGUGCUCGUCCAACAGCGUGACAACAUAUCAAACCAAUUGCAUCUUGAUGCGUCGUGCCGAAAUACUCGGCGAAGAACCGUAUGUGAUAGUGUGUCGCCUGUUUUUGUGGCGAGAUUUGAACAAUUCCUCACAGCUGAAACGCUUACCCGUAUGUCCAAACGAACGCGACCCAGUGUAUGUGUGUUGCAAUCCCUUGCACUGGAGUCGCAUUCUCGAAACAGAAAGUGCCCCGCCUCCAUAUCGCAGCCAAAGGAUGGACAGAAACGAAGGACUAUCUUUUCAAAACUACGGCAACUCCACAUCUUUCGGAAGUUCAGAUGCCGACGGCGUUUCCAGUAUACAAAAACCCAACACCGAUUUUUAUGUUCGAAUGACAGAAUCGGUUACCACUGACGGUGAAGCCAGUCGCUGUUCACCGAACUGGUGCGAGGUGGCCUACUGGGAAUUGGGUCAACGGGUCGGUGAACGUUAUCCCGCCGAAACACCAACCAUAAAUAUCUAUUCCGAAAAACCCUACAGCAGUGCUAAUGGUGAUAUAGAAGGUAUGUGUCUGAAGGAUUUAAUUGAGAAGCGUACGACACCAUCGCCAAGUGAUGUACAAAAUACGAGACAAAAAAUAGGUUUAGGUGUUACUCUAAGUCAGGAGACCGAUGGCGUUUGGCUAUAUAACCGUGCAACUGUGCCAAUAUUUGUAUACUCACCCACCUUGACGGAUAGUUUGUCUCGUGUUUAUCGCGUGGAACCCGGAGACUGUCUUAGAGCCUUCGAUAUAUACAAGGCCCACACUCUCGUCUAUUCCGAUCAAUUUCCAGGCGUUCAAACCGGACCCAUUGAUAAAUUUAGCAUGCGCAUUAGUUUCGGCAAAGGUUGGGGUUUUUCCUAUAAACGGCCGGAUAUAACGCGAUGUCCAUGCUGGUUGGAGGUACUCUUUCGGCCACAACGGUGACAACAAUUCGUCGCAUCAAUGAUAAAUGGUAAUGAAAUUCUUGUUAAAAUGCAACGGCAACAAAAGCCAUUGGACUCGUCUACGGCAAUGUUGAUGAAAGUGGCAGCUCCACCAAUGUCGGAAUCCAAAAGCGGCGAUCGACAACGGAUGCAAAUGUCUGCCGCCAGAAUGAAAGCAAAUAUUGGCAACAAUGAUAAAAACUUGAACUGCAAGAACAAUAAAAACAUGAAAUGGUCAUGUCCUUUUAAUGGCCACGGGCAUUCCUUAUCCAGCAACUACUCUUCGUCGUUGGCGUCCACCCCCUCCAACUCCUCCAGCACCACUUGUGCAUCAUGCAGCUGUCGGCUGAUGAUGACCCUAGUCAGACUGAUCAAAAGUUUACUCAACCAUAGUCUGGUGGCAAAGUAAAAUCUUGGCCAUGAAACACAACGUUUUUUUUUUUAAUCAGACUCCUUUGAUUUGUGUUUCUCGGAGUGGGAACAACAAUAACAGCAAAGUCAAACAGCAACAACAACAUCAACUACUUUAACCACAAAAAAGUAUAUAAUCAAGUACGAAGCGACAUGAAAUCUUAGUGAACUUAUUAAUAACAACAACAACAAAUUGAAACAAAAAUAACUCAAGGACUGCAAAAAUAAAUAUUCUAUAUUGUAAAUUUAAAUGGAAACAAAAUAAUAUUAAAUGACCUAAAUAUAUAUUAUUUUUUGUAAUACAACAACAACUACUAUAAACAAAACGGAAGAAACAUAAAUACAGCUAGGCAGACAUAUAUGAUUGAUACAAUAAUUAAAGAAUACGAAUUGUACGAAUUGUAUAUAUGAAAUAAAUAUCAACAUCUUCAAUAUAUGUCUGAUUUAACAGCAGAUUUUUUUCUGCCAUUUAAAAACAAAAAAAUAAAUAAAAAAAAAAACGGUCAAACUGUUGCAAACUGGAAAUCCUGUGAUCCGCUUAAAAUUAAAAUAUGGAAAUUAAAAAAAAAAAUAAUAAUAUAUUUUCAAAAUUAUAUGUAAACUAAUUCAUUAAAUGUAAAUUAAUGAAAAGAAAAGAGAAAAAGAGAGAAACACAAACUUUAGAAAUUCCCCUGAAAAGAAAGAGAGUUUUUGAAUCUGUCCUGCGUGAAUGUAAAAGAAAAUAAUGUUUAUAUCUGAAUUAUAUUUUACAUACGAAUACGUUUUUAAUCAUGGCACAAUAAGAAGGUAAAGCAAUUCGUAAACCUAUCUUCGUAAAUUUCUCCAACAUUUACAUUUUUUUUUGUAUUAUUUAUUUUUAUUUUAAACAUUCAAAGAAAGAAAUUGUCAAUGGUAGAAUUGUUCAACUUUGAAAUUUCGCACGUCCGACGUAUUUGGGUAACUUACAUAUAACUAACUACAUGUGUUUUACUUGUGUGGUGAAAAACUUCGACUGAAUUUUAGGUAACACUUUUAUAAGUUCUGCAGUUGAAAAUUAUUUUAUUUCAAAUUUCCCAUGGUAGGUAACCUUAUUUCAAAUAAAUAUAUUCAGCUCUGCAAUUUCUGUAAUUUACCUUGUCAAAUGAUUAUGAUUAUACAUUUUGACAAUGAGAUACUGUUACCUUCUUUAUUCUACAAUGCUAAUUUUCAUGAAACAAGAAUUGAGCCUGUGUAGUGUAAUUCUCUAACUAACGAUAUUUAUCGAAAAAAACAAUUUUUAAUUUUUGUAUAAUUUUGGUAAUAACGAAAUUCGCCGGUAAUUAAACGAUCAAAAUAAAGUAGUCGCUUAGCCCUACUAAUAGGAGGCAAUUUCUUAACUUUUAUUUCACUUUUUAUAUAAACAUUUUGCUUUCGAAAAUUAUUGAAUUUUUUCGGUAUUGGCAAAAAUAGUUGGAGAUUCCCACUACAGGUCUGUUUUAUGGAUUUCCUUCAAAUUUAUGAUUUAAAUAAAAUAGAAACUUUUCACAUUAAGUUUUCUCGGUUUUAACAACUGGCCGUAUGUAUUUAAAUUACAUUGCAACUUUCAUAAAAUAUCCUUAAGAACAGAUUCUAAAACUCUUUUCGUUUUUUUUAUGGUCUAAACAGGCGUAUUGAUAAUAUCCUUUUAAAACAAUAUUAUUUAGACUGCACUUGAAUAUCUGCAAAGCUUUACACAAUUAGAUUAUAACAUUUUAUAUUAGAAAACCAAAUUCCAAUUAGAAAAAUAAGAAUAUUUGAGUGUUCUGUAGGGAUAAAUGACGUUUUGUGUUGAGUAAAAAAACGACAACGACAAAAGUGUUUGUGACAAUUCUGCUGGACAGAAUAACAAUACUGAGAAAAGAAAUACAUUUUUAAGUUAUUACAAUAUUUGGGUUUUAAAUAAAAUAUAUUUUCAAUUUAAUAAUAAAUAUUUUACAUAUGAUUCAAUAUUGAUCAAUACCCCAUAAUAAUAAUAAUAUUUUCAAUACCCCAUGAAAAAUAUUGAAAUAUUGAAAAUCUCUAAUAGUUGUCAUGAUAGAAUUAACAGAGUAAUAUAAUGUAUUUUUUUUUUUUUUUUUCAAAUUAUACAUUUUACAAUAUAGCAUUCAUAAAUCCAUUGUUUGUACACAAUUUUUUUUUGCACAAAUUUUUUUUGUACAUACAAAGUUUACCAGUGGGCAGGUUAAUUUCGCCAUAUCGGUCCACGUUUUCGUAUAGCCCCCAUAUAACAGUACCCCCCGAUAUUCGGUAUUUUUAUGAUUUUAGCGACAUUAUUUGCCGGAAUUAUUUCGAAUUCCAUAUUUGAAGUUCGUAAUGGGUGCUACAGCCUAUGACAAAAAUGUUUGUAUGUAGGUCCAAGUCUUCGUAUAGCCCUCAUAUAACGGUACCUCCAGAUAUUUCGUAUUUUAAUGAUUUCAGCAACAUUAUUCACCGGAAUCAUUUCAAAUUUCGUACAGGAAGAUCCUAAUGAGUACUACAACCUAUAGCAAAAAAUGGGUAUUAAAAGUUCGGCCCGGCGGAACUUAGUUGCUUGUUUUCUCUUCGGCCUUCUCUACAAAAUCCAGCACCUUCUAAGAACUCACUUUCAAUUUGGGACAAAACGAAAAUUCAGAAUACUUUUUUUAAAUAAAGUCACAAUUUCAUUUCACCUUACACUUUUGAUUUCAAAAUAUCUAUUUUUUACAAAAUUGAUAAUUUUGUUAUUUUUUAUUUAAAAUGUUUAUAUUUUCUUUCAAAAUUGUAACAAAACUCACUUGCAUUUCGAUUUGAGAUGAAAUGCAAAUAUGAGAUUCAUAUAAAUAAAAUCUAAAAGGACAUUUUAACUGGUUUCGGCUUUAUAGCCAUUAUGACAAUGUUCUUCUUUUGUAAUUUUAAUUUUAUCUUUGAAAUAUUCUGAAUUUUCUAUGUGCUUUCCCAAAAGUGGAUUUUGUUACUAGGAUACCGUGAAUUUUGUUACUAGGAUUUGCAAAGAUCAAUUAUUUUUAUCGUUUUAGUUAUAAAAGAAAAAUUAUACCAAGAAAAUAUAAUUAAUUUUAAAUGUUCAUAAAAGAGAAUCCAAACGCUGAGACAAUAUUAAAAAAUUUUAAAUGCGGUUUUUUCUCAGUGGUUUAGAAAUUGGUCGAUACCGCUUUAUUAGGUGAUGGCAAAAGCCGAAUAUUUAUAGAUUAAAUUCUGUAUCCACUGACAACCUAAAUUGCCAAAUAAAGCCAAUUCCUUUGGGAGUUAUGUUUGAAAUCUUCAAAUGUCCGAAAUUUGGAUUUAGUUUUCGAAAAAGAAGUAAUUCGAUUUUUUAACAUUGUUCAAAAACCAAAGCCUUAAAUAUGUAUUUAAACAAAAUUAAAUAAAACUCAGCAUAUUACUUAGCAAAACGUCAUUUAUUAACACUCAUUUGUUUUUAUUUUAAUUUCAAUCCUUUCAACCCAAAAAAAAGUUUUCUCUUUUAAAAUGAAAAUAAUGAUUUAAAAAUAAUCUGAUAUUAUGUAAAUAAAUUUGUUUAAAUCAGCAAAUAAUUAUAUAUUAUUUUGUUAUUAAUUUAUUGAAAAAAAAAACACCCAACAAAUUAGGUUAACCAAACAACAAGAAACCUAAAAACCCGCCAUCCAAAAUAGUAUAUAAAACAACAACAACUUAGGAUAUUUAAAAAAAAAUAAAUUAAAUUUAAGAACAAUUUCAAAACACGUAAACACUUUCCAACAGUUAUUGACAAGCAGAAGAAAAUUGCAUGUAAACAAAAGUAUUUGAUUUCUUCAUCUUUAUUUUUUUUUCAUUCUUUGUUUCCAUCCGUCGUUUUGAUUUAAUCCAAUGAAAUCAAAAUCGUUCGAAAAAAAAAAACGAAAUUCCAAAUUUGUAUUUUAUUUGUAUAGUUUAUUUAAUGCGAUAAAAUAAAAUAAAUAAUUAUAUAAUAAAAUAAAAAUUUAAAACAUAAAUAAAGGUAAAAAUCUUAUGUUCGAAUGUAAUAUAAAUGUAUGCUAUAUUGUUAAGUUUUAAGAAAUUUUGUACAAUAAAAACAAACAAACACUGAAAAGAGAAUUUGAAAUGAAAUAUGAAAAGUGGAAAAAACAUAUUUAAUACACAAAAGAACAGCGUGUUUUAAUGGGGGGAAG